AUGGACGCUUAUAAACGAAGAAAAGAGGAAAAAAAAGAAGAGAAGGAAAACGCCGAGAAGAAACCGCGUAAAAUUGAGGCAAGCUUUUCGCGAGUGUUGCCGGUUUCGAGUGAUAAGUUGUCUCGUGUGUCACCAAGAGUGUCCGCAAGAACAACGCCACUACACUCACCAACACCAAAAACAAGUCCCGUGCCUUCUCCAAAGAGACAAAGUGUUUUAAACUUCGCACAGAAGAGACCUGGAGAGACCACGUGUGUUAUUUGCCAUUUGAAGUAUCAGCCAAGCGUUGACGAUGAUAAAAAGACGCACGACGAUUAUCACAAAAAAUACGUUCAACCACAAAAAUUCAAAGUGAAAGAUGCUGUUCAGGUACAGGACUCACCAAAAGUUGUCAAGGUCGUUUGUUCGCGAGAAAACGAGAAUGAGUUGGCGGAGAUUCUUGCGAGAGUUAAAGACGAUGUGGACAUGUCGAUGGAAUACCUCCUCUCAUCGCGGUAUACAUUUUUCAUAGGAGUGGAAGACGGUAAGGUUGUCUCCCUCUUGGUUGUGUGUACACUUUCGCCACUAACAAGUGCGUACCUCGUCACCUCAAACUUGUAUGGAGAAAUUUCACUCAAAGAAGAAAACAAGACGGUCUGCAAAAUGGGUAUUGAACUUCUUUGGGUGCACCCAUUUUUCAAGCGCAGGGGAUUUGGUAAAAGUUUGGUGGAGCUUUCUCUUGUGUUUUUGAAAUAUGGGACCUACGCCUUUAAGAAGGAGGAGGUUGCGAUCACUCAACCGACCCACGAAGGAUUUCUCUUUUUCAAGCACGUUUUUCCCCAAAUACAGAUAUAUACCCAACAUUGA